CCGUCUCGUCGUCGACAAACCAACCGCAGCAAACCAUCAACGCAAACGUCAUGGGUCGCAAGUUCCUGGUCGGUGGAAACUGGAAAAUGAACGGCUCGCUUGAGCUGGCCAAGACCUUGGUCAAUUCGCUCAACAGCCAGAAGUGGAACACCGAUCUCCUUGAGGUCGUCAUUGCCCCUCCUUUCCCUUACCUCUCUGUCGUCCGCGAGUCCCUCCGCAAGGACGUUGGCGUCUCUGCCCAGAACGUCUACUUUGAAAAGUCUGGCGCCUUCACUGGCGAGACCAGCACCGAGUUCCUGAAGGAUCUCAAGAUCGAGUGGACCCUCACUGGCCACUCUGAGCGUCGCGAGUACUUCCACGAGUCCAACGAGAUCGUCGCCAAGAAGACCGCCCACGCCCUGGCCUCGGGCAUCAAGGUCAUCCUCUGCUGCGGCGAGAAGCUCGAGCACCGCGAGUCUGGCCAGACCAACGACAUUGUCUUUGCCCAGCUCAAGGCUGUUGCCGAUCAAGUCAAGGACUGGACCAACGUCGUCAUUGCCUAUGAGCCCGUCUGGGCCAUCGGAACCGGCAAGGUCGCCACUCCCGAGCAGGCCCAGGACACCCACGCCGAUAUCCGCAAGUGGCUCGCCGAGAACGUCUCUGCCGAUGUUGCUGCCAACACCCGCAUCCUCUACGGCGGCUCCGUCAACGGCAAGAACAGCGCCUCGCUCGCCGGCCAGGCCGACAUUGAUGGCUUCCUCGUCGGCGGUGCUUCCCUCAAGGAGGCUGAGUUCGCCCAGAUCAUUGCCAACGCCAAUGUCUGAUCUUGAUUUGUGUGUAGUCACAUUAUGCAUUCACUUCCCUGGCUAUUUUUCUUUUUUCAUGGAAAGAGGGGAGGGGAGCGCUUGUCUGUUAGAUCGGCGCUCUCGUUGUUAUCCCUCUGCAUUGCCGGCCCGGGUUUGGGUUGGACUUGUAGGCCUGGGAUGCCUUUCUGUCAAUAAAUGUUGCAUAUCCGUA